UAAAAGAGGGUCUCCAUCUUCUCGCGACAUUCUGCUUUUUAUUUCCGACGUGAGAGGUUAUCGGUGAAUUUUGUGUUGAGAAAUCCGUUAAUAGAAAACCAAACAUGUCAGGUCGAGGAAAAGGAGGUAAAGCAAAGGGAGGCAAGAGCAAAACCAGGUCUAGCCGUGCCGGACUGCAAUUCCCCGUUGGUAGAAUUCACAGGCUUUUACGAAAAGGCAACUAUGCCGAACGCGUCGGUGCUGGUGCUCCUGUCUAUUUGGCUGCAGUUUUGGAAUAUUUAGCUGCUGAGGUUCUUGAAUUGGCGGGAAAUGCUGCCAGGGACAAUAAGAAAACCCGUAUCAUCCCACGUCAUCUGCAACUUGCUAUUAGAAACGACGAAGAAUUAAACAAGCUGUUGUCUGGUGUUACCAUUGCCCAAGGUGGUGUACUUCCCAACAUCCAAGCUGUUCUAUUGCCUAAGAAAACAGGCACUGGCCCUACACCAGGUACCAAGUCUGGCAAAAAAGGUGGACCCAGUCAAGAGUUCUAAGACUUUCUAUCAAUAUGGACUGGUAUCUAUUGUGAACUUUUCAUUUGCUUACAAAGUGGCAUCAUAUCUUGUUUCCUAUCAUCUUUUAAAAUCUAUCUUCCAGCAUGUAAGCCCAUGAUAUCAUACGUGUAAAAAUUUUUAAUAAAAAACUUGUAUUUACGUGUU